CACUUUUCACUUGCAGUCGUACUCGUCGUCUUCUUCUUCACCUUCGUUUCCCCUCACAAAUUUCGACCUCCGGCGGAGCUUCUGCUGCACUCCAACAUCUCAAAAACAGGCAGUUCGUCGAAAGCAAGGGGAAGACUCCUCCUCUACUGACCAGGUACCCAUCAAUGGGGUGGAUUGGGGACACCGUCGAUUCAAUAAAGUCCAUCAAAAUACGCCAGAAUCUGCAUCAGGCAAUCACACUUGGUACCAUUGUUGCAUCUGCACUGAUAAUAUGGAAGGCGUUGAUGUGCAUAACCGGGACUGAGUCCCCUGUUGUUGUUGUUCUUUCCGGAAGCAUGGAGCCUGGAUUUGCUAGGGGCGACAUUCUGUUUUUGCAUAUGAGCAAAGAUCCCAUUAGGGCAGGCGAAAUCGUUGUGUACAACAUAGAUGGCCGUCAAAUUCCUAUUGUUCAUCGUGUGAUAAAGCUUCAUGAAAGGCGCAAUACUGGAGAAACCGAGAUCCUCACAAAAGGUGACAAUAACUAUGAUGACGAUGUGUCACUGUAUGCUCCCGGCCAAGACUGGCUACACCGGAAGCACAUUAUGGGACGAGCCGUCGGAUUCUUGCCGUACGCUGGGUACUUCACCAUUCUGAUGAAUGAUUAUCCACUGCUGAAGUAUGUUCUGAUUGGUGGUUUGGGGUUGCUUGCCAUGACUUCCAAAGAUUAGCCUCACUCAAAUUCAUCAGGUAUCAUACAUACAUACACAAAUACAUUAUACUCAUUAACAAACUAUUAUUCAUUUUUAUUGAUUUUGUAACAAAAACUUUUGGACUCAACUCAACUUGGCUGCCUAUUACUACAAUACAAUGCUUUCUUGGUUCUUGGAA